CUGCUUCGAUCGUUCGCCUCCAUCAACACGGACACGGGAGUAGCCACUGAACCCUAAUCGUAACUGGGAGGCAACACUCAGUUCUAACGGCAACUACAGCUAGAGCUUCAGGGGGAGGGGGGAGAAACCCCUCGCUUUCGCCAUGGCGAGAUCGAGGUUUCAGACUAUGCUUUAUCUUCUCAUUCUCACCUCCAUGGUCGCCGUUUCGGUAGCUGUGGUGGAGGACGAUGUGAAGUGUCUCAAGGGUGUGAAGGGCUCGCUCAGCGACCCUCAGGGGGAGCUCAGUAGUUGGGACUUCUCCAACACUACAGUCGGUUACAUCUGCAAGUUCGUCGGCGUUUCGUGCUGGAACGAAAGGGAGAAUCGUCUGAUCGGUCUGUCUCUCCCAACGAUGACGCUUGCCGGACAGAUUCCUGCUUCUUUGCAGUACUGCCAGAGCCUCCAGAAUCUCGAUCUGUCUGGUAAUAAUCUCACUGGUACGAUCCCUUCUGAAAUCUGCACCUGGUUGCCUUACCUUGUAAGCCUAGAUCUCUCCAACAAUGGUUUCUCGGGCCCCAUACCUUCGGAGCUCGUCAACUGCCAGUAUCUCAACGCCCUUACCCUUAGUGAUAACCAACUCAAUGGUUCCAUACCUUACGAGCUUUCGGGUCUCAAUCGUCUCAAGAAGUUUUCGGUGGCCAAUAACGAUCUGUCGGGCUCCAUCCCUUCCUUCAUGUCCAAUUACGACCCCGCUGACUUCUAUGGCAACAGCGGACUCUGCGGCAGCCCUCUUGGAACUAAUUGCGAUGGUUUGAGCCGUAAAAACCUCACCAUCAUCGUAGCUGCUGGUGUUUUUGGUGCCCUCGUUUCAUUGCUGUUAGGUGUCGCACUCUGGUGGUGGUGCAUCGUCAAGUCCAGUCGUCGCCGCCGCAGAAGGCAUGCGGCUGGGAAAGAUGAUGAUAGCAGCUGGGUGCUUCGGUUGAGGACUUACAAGCUCGUUCAGGUCUCCUUGUUUCAGAAACCCCUUGUAAAGAUCAAAUUGGCCGACCUAAUGGCUGCCACUAAUAAUUUUGACCCUGAAAACAUUAUUAUCUCCACCAGGGCAGGAACUACCUACAAGGCAGUUCUGUCGGAUGGAUCCGCAAUUGCCAUCAAGCGGCUCAACACUUGCAAGCUCAAUGAAAAGCAAUUCCGCUCUGAGAUGACCAGAUUGGGGCAGCUUAGACAUCCGAAUUUGGUGCCUCUUUUGGGGUUCUGCGUCGUCGAAAAUGAGAAGCUUUUAGUGUAUAAACACAUGGCUAAUGGGACUCUUUUUCCACUGUUGCAUGGUAGCAGUACCAUAUUCAGUUCUGGCAAUUCAUUGGAUUGGCCGACGAGGCUUAAGAUUGGUAUUGGUGCGGCACGGGGGUUGGCUUGGCUGCACCAUGGCUGCCAGCCCGCUUUCCUGCACCAGAACAUAAGUUCUAAUGUGAUCUUCCUGGACGAAGAUCUUGAUGCUCGUAUAAUAGAUUUUGGUCUGGCAAGGCUCUUGAGUUCUGCUGGCUCUAGUGGAAGCACAUUUGUACAUGGGGAUUUUGGAGAAUUUGGUUAUGUGGCACCUGAGUACUCUAGCACCAUGGUUGCUUCACUGAAAGGAGAUGUUUAUGGUUUUGGGGUAGUGCUUCUGGAGUUGGUGACUGGGCAGAAGCCUCUUGAAGUCAGUAAUGCUGAGGAAGGAUUCAAGGGCAAUCUAAUAGAUUGGGUCAAUUCUGUAACAACAGCAGGUCGGAGCAAGGAUGUUAUUGACAAGUCUCUCCUUGGAAAGGGCCACGAUGGUGAAAUUCUGCAGUUUCUAAAUGUUGCUUGUGGUUGUGUGAUUCCUAGGCCAAAGGAUAGGUCUUCUAUGUACCAGGUUUACCAGUCAUUGAGGACCAUCAGCGAGAGCCAAGAUUUUUCUGAACAGUUUGAUGAAUUUCCACUUAUCUUUGGUAAACAAGAUCCCGAUCAUAUCGAGUAACUUUGCCACUUUGGGGACAUAAGACGGGUGAAGCUAGAGUGAACAUUUUGAAUGUCUACAGUCUGCGGACAUACAGCGUCUAUGCAUCUUAUGCUAAAUUUUGAAAGGCUUGGUAGCUAAAUGGUAGGAUUUCAUUUCCCCUGGCUUUUCCAAUUAUAAUCCCCAUUUGUUGGAUAAAUCUGUAUAAUACAUGUUUCUUGAACUGUAGCUUUCAACAUUCCUGAAAUCUGUUUGUUCUCAUUCUAGCAAACACAAUCUAUGUAGUUGAUUGAUGUUUAU